AAUAAAGAAAUAGAGCACAUAGAGCAAAUGAAUAACUUGUAUUAAACGCAUCAAGUUUCUUUUAUUGGCUUUUCUAUAACUAAAUUUCGCAUUUAUUGUGCGUAAUUUAAAUUGUGCGGGCUAUUCUUAUUAGUUUAAAGUUUAAACGUUGAAAAUGGCUACAAAAUAUGCAGUGCUAGCACGCACAUCACGUUUACAAUCUGUUGCAGCAAGUAAUGAGCUUGAAACCGCUUCAAAAGAUACAAUAGAAGUGCAGAAUUAUACAGUUGCUGCUGGCACACUCGUAAAAAUUGCAUCAGAGCCACAAACAGAUGCAACGCCCACAAUACAGGUGUUUGUUUAUGAUCCAGUACUACGUGAACCAAAUACAACGCGCAUAUAUCAAUGUACGCAAGAUUGUUUACUGCCAGUCUCUGAUGCAUUGUGGCCAUUUAUCGUGAGCAUACCCGAACCAAAUCGUCGCUUGCAACUUUUAAAGGAUGAAAUGCGUUCUGACUGGUUAAAUACCAUAAUGCCAGGUCAUUUAGUUAGUGUAUCGGGUCGGCAUUUCGAUAGCACUGAUAACACACUUUAUAAUUGCAUUAUUUGUUAUAUUGGUCCAGUACCGGAAAUACAUCCAGUUGGUUAUUUCUUUGGCUUGGAAUUGCUGAGCGAUGUUCAAUCACCACAAGCUGCUGAUGUAUCUUUUACAAGAAAAUAUUUUGAAUGCGAUGCGGAUGAAGCAAUAUUUAUUACAGCUGAUCGCAUUAUACCCACACCCUCAUCCGAAGAUGAAGAUGUCGAACAAGCAAAUGAAGCACAAGAUAAUAGCUGGUCUAUAAGUAAUUUUUUUUAUAAUACCGUAGAAAGUAUUCGUGCAACCUUGCCGAUAUAGUUUGAGAGCUGGCAUUAAUUUAAUAAUUUAUAAAUUAUAAUAUACAUACAUACAUGUAUAUUCAAAUACAUACCAAUAUGCAGUUAUAAUAGGUGAUAUUUUGAGAAGAUAUUUUUGUCUGAUUCCAUUAGAUAUAUUUUUAUUUUAUAUUGAAUACCAUACUAUAUUUCAUUUAUUAUGUACACACACAUACAUAUAUGCAUAUUUUUGAUUUCGAAGUUAACAAUUUAUUUUAAAUCGUUACAUAAAAUUAAAUAUGUACAUAGAAUUUUAUAAGUAUUAUAUUUUAAAAACAAUUUUGAUAAAAAAAAUGUUUUACAUACUAAUAUUUUUUGCUGCUAAAAAAUUACUUCUUCUCAGGCUCAUCCGAUUUUGUUGUUUUCUUUUUACCUUUUUCUACAUCCUUUAUCGCUUCCAUUUGCGCCUCCCAUUCUUUUAUUUCCAUUGGUACACCCUUUGGUUCGAAUUUAGUAUCCGGCUUAAAUGACUUUAACUUAAUAUGAUCCUUUUCAAGUGUCUUGCCAGCAUGGAAAUGUUUCUGCCGAUUCCCGAUUGUAUCACGUAUACCCGCUUCCUUACUUUCCAUAUAUACAUCCGCCCAGGUUUCUUCCACUUUUACUUCUUUAGAUUGUUUAGCCUUUUCAGCUGCUGCAUCGAUGUUCUUUCGAUUGUCCUCAUCUAUUUUCUAAACACCAAGAAAUUAUAUAAACUAUAUAUGUAUGUAUGAGAUCUAAACAAAUAUAACAUACUUUGCACUCAUCCUCUGUUAGCAAGCCUUGUGAAAUAGCUAAAUCUUUGAAAGAGGUAAUGGGAUCACGUUUACUACGCACUUCAGCAACUUCCUCACGUGACCGGUAGCUGGUACCUGGAUCGGACAUAGAAUGACCAAAGUAACGAUAUGUAUGCGCUUCAAUAAUAAUGGGUCCUUCUUUUUGUACAAAAUCAAUAGCGAAUUUGGCAGCAUUAUGCAUUGCCAAAAUGUUCAUACCAUCAACGUAAAUACCAGGCAAUGGUACACCACGUGUGUAAUAUUCGAUAGAACAUGCAGCACGAUUCAUUUUUGUACCCAUACCUAGUGUGAAAAAAGCGUGAAAAAGUUUCCGUUUCAAACACAGUUGGUGCUACAUAAUUGGCACAAACCCGGGAUCAACAAGCAAAUAGCUCAUUAUCAACUCAGCAACAAAAACCAAAACUAUUUGCGUACCACUGGACUUAGUACUUACCGGUCCAAACAGAGUUAGAUCAUCGGAAGUGCGUCGUGCGUGAAACCAGGGUGACCCUGGCGCAAUUUCGUUCUGAAUAUAGUAGCAGGUCAAACUCCUACUUAUCCAGACUGAACCCCAUACAUACAGAAUAUAUGUACUGCAUGCAAUGAGUCCACGCAUGACACUAAUCACCUGUUUCAGGCCUAACGAACUCGACUCAUCUAACACCCCUUUCCCUUUGGUCCGACCCUAUCGAAACAGCAUGUUUCCUGGACCUCCCGUUAGAUGAACUCGAAGACAAUUAGACUUGCACCAACAGUGCUGGAUAAUCGUUACAACAACAACAACAAAACUAUUUGUGAAUUGUUUUUUGCUACUACAACAGUAAUAACAAAUAAUUUUUUUCGAUUGCAUCACGGUACUUACCGUAUUCAUUAUUUUCACAAACAAAAAUCACCGGCAAACGCCAAAGACACGCUAUAUUAUAUGCUUCGAAUAUUUGUCCUUGAUUGGCGGCACCAUCGCCAUACAAGACGACACAAACAUUACCCUUGGCUUCAUUUUUCAAUGCAAGACCAAUGCCAGCACCCAGUGGCACCUUUUUUGUUAGGAAAAUAAUAGAUUUUGAAAGCAUGGAGUACAAUCAUAAUUUGUCCACUACUUGCCUGUGCACCCACAAUGCCAUUACCACCGAAAAAUCUUUUAUUGUACAUAUGCAUGGAACCGCCUUUACCACGUUGACAACCCGCCUCACGGCCGGCUAAUUCAGCGAGUAUUUCCACUGCGCCGAUACCCAUCAUAUAGCUCCAACCAUGGCAACGGUAUGCCGUAAUAAGACGAUCCGUGGGACGCAUUGCAGUAUGUAUACCUUUUAAGAGAGCGGGAAGUUAUAAACUGCAAAUGCAAACACUUAUCAUAUCGACCCACCCACACAGACAGCUUCCUGCCCCGUACAGAGGUGACAAAAACCGCGCACGAGUUUCUCCUUAUACAUUGCAUUCGCAACAGUUUCCAAGCGUCGUAUGGCACCCAUUUGUGUAUAUAUGCGUGCUGCUUGUUCCUUAUUUAUAGUUAUGGUUGUUGACGGGAAUGUUUCCAAACGUAUACAUUUGUAGGUCUUAAAUACAUACAGCACAAGGAAACAAUGAGCAUUAAAAAAUUACAUGAUUUUUUGCGAAAACAACGCUACAUACAUCGGGAAUUUCGAUGGUCGCUUCGCUGGCGUAAUGAUGGUGAGUUGUUUCCUUUUGCGCUUCAAUUACUUUGUAGCACCAACGAAAUAGUCGCAAAUCAUUGGACCACUUCUUGUACGAUUGUCUGACUUUUGCACGCGCAACAGUGGUCAACAUAUUCCAAGCUGAACUUAAUGUUUUAAUAGAAUUUGAACUUAUUUUUUGUUUUUGUAAUAAAAUAUUUGCGCGCUCCAGCUUAAAAGUUUACAAAUAAAUGUAAACAGAAAUUUUAAGGUUUUGUUAUGAAAUGUUGGAAAUUUGAGAAAAUAUGUAUGCCGAAAUUGCCAACUGAUUUUUUGUUUAUUAAUUUUGUCGUGAUUCAUUUUUGUUAAGUAUAUGGCAAAGUAGGCGCAACAUUGUUUAAAUAGUAAUUUCGUAUUAAUUAAUUUUGUUGUAAUAACACAAUUUUGUUUACGAUUAGGUUAGGUUAUGUUAAGCUGGUAGGCCAAUGAGCCACAUAUAGAGCGAUUUUGGUGCUUUGCGAUGCCAGAUGGAGUGCCGUCACGUAGUCAAUGAGAAGUAGUCUUGCUCUAGUAGUCAUUUUGCAUUACAACGGAACACAAAUUCUCUUAUUGUCUUAAUAUUAUUGGCGCACUGAUUAAUUUCACUGUUUAAUUUCACCUCUUUUUUGAUGGAUCUGUUUCAAUAAAUUUACGAAGCGUAAUAAAAACAUGUUUUAACGUAAUAUAAAAUACUUUUACUUGUUUUUUGUACAUAAUUGUCACUUUAUUUUUUUAUGUUUUGUUUUUUUGCAACUCUAACUUCUUUAACUUCUCACCCAUAAUGCAUAUUGCAACUUUUUAACUUAUAUUAUUCGUACACAAACAUAAUAUCGCCUCUGUUAUGGACAGUAAUAAUAAAUGUACAGUGAUGUUUUUGGUAUUUCCAAAACCAAAAUAAAAAUAAAUAUUAUGUAUUGUAGCUAUGUAUGCAUUGGUUUGAUUGAUGUUUAAAACAAAAAAUAUCAAAAAUUGUGUAUGUAUAAGUCUAACAAGAAUAUCGCGUUAUUAAGUCAUUGAGUAAUGAACAUUCCAUUUCACCAAUUUAAUGUAUGUGUAAAUACCAUUUUAACCCAUUUUAACUGCGUGAGUUGCAUACGUUUGUCUUUUGUGAAUAAUAUAUGUUCGCAAAUUUCACUAGUGAU